AUGGCAAUGACUUCAUCUCCUGGUCAAGAACAGUCACAGUUAUCCUCAAAUUUGGAAGGUUUCAUACUGCUAUGGCUGGAUGCAUCGGUCAAUGGAACGGAGGAGAAUAUAAAGGCACAACACAAAUUACGUGAAGUUAUCAAUCAGUUGAAAACAUUUGAAGACAAAGAAGAAUGUGAAGAGCAUAUUCGAGCGAUUGAAGAUGAUCAGAAAAUUGUACUUAUCGUCUCGGAGAGAUUUGUCAGAGAAUUAGUUCCCCGGAUUGAACAUCUACCACAGUUGUUUUCCAUCUAUGUCCACUGUUUCGAUAAAAAAUUAAACAAUGAGUGGGCUAAACAGCAUCCAAAGAUCAAGGCUGUUACUGUCCAACUCGAAGAACUUGUGUCAGUAAUUCAAAAAGGCCAGGCAAAACGGGUCAAGGAGGAAGAGGAUUUAACUUGUCCAUUGAGUGUGUUUAAUCGAGCUGAAAAUAAGGAAGAAUCCUCCUCAGGGCUUAACUCCUCUUUCCUCUAUUUUCAAUUACUCAUCGACAUUCUUCUGCAAAUGAAAUACUCACCAAAGUCAAAACAAGAAUUAAUCGACCUGUGCAACCAGCAGCAUAAAGGAUAUGAUAAAGAACCCUACAGUCUCCGUGAAUUUGAUCAAACGUACUCAUCUGAUCAAGCGUUGUUCUGGUAUACGCUCGAUAGUUUUCUCUAUCGAGUAUUGAAUCAAGCAUUGAGAACACAGAACGUUGACUUGCUCUUUGCAUUUGGCUUCGUGAUCAAAGACAUUCACGAACAAUUGAAACAGUUGCAACAGUCAACUAAUACUGAUCCUAUUCUCAAACUCUAUCGAGGUCAGAAAAUGAAAACGGAGGAACUGGAACGGAUAAAAGAAAGUAUCGGCGAAUUUAUAUCGAUGAAUUCGUUUUUGUCUACCAGUAGAAACCGGUCCGUGUCACUUGGAUUUGUCUCCAGCGCCUCAUCUUCUGAUGAUCUUCAGCGAGUUCUGUUUGAAAUCAGUGUUGACACUCGUAUUAAAUCAAGGAAGCCAUUCGCCAACAUACAAUCGUUGAGUUUUUACGAUGAAGAAGAGGAAAUUCUUUUUUCGAUUGGCUCCGUGUUUCGUAUUCAACAGAUUCACUUCGACAAUGAAUAUCAAGUGUCGAUUAUUGCACUAACAUUUUGCAGCGACGCUGAUAAUGAGUAUGAGGAACUCUAUCAACACAUGAAACAGGAAGCGUGUGGAAAUAAAGAAACAUCCUUAAUUUCACUCGGCAGAUUGUUAUGGAAACAGGGUAAAUAUGAUCAAAGUAUAAACUAUUACAACCGAUUAUUAUCUGAAUUACCCGAAAAUGAUCCAAAUAUUCCAAUAUGUUAUGAUAAUCUUGGAAAUGCUGCAAGUGAUCAAGGUGAUUUCGAUUCGGCUCACCACUACUACAAUAGGGCACUUGACAUUUAUCUUAAAAUCCUUCCGUCUGAUCACACUGAUUUGGCUACUUGUUACAAUUCUAUUGGGGAACUAUACCGAGAAAAAGGAGAAAAUCAACUUUCUCUGCAGAAUUAUGAACUUGCGUUGAAGAUUUACAACAAAAAAAAUGAUCGACGUGCUGCCUAUUGCUACAAUAACAUGGGUAUUGUCUACGACAAAGAGGAGAAAUACGAUUUAGCUUUGGACACUUAUAAUAAAUCUUUGAAGAUAAAUGAGCAACAUCUUCCACCGAAUCACCCUGAUUUAAUAAUAUCAUAUUUGAAUAUCGGUGAGGUUCAUCUUCAUAUGGGUGAAUACGAUUCGGCCUUGCAAAAUUUGGAGAAAGCAUUACAAAUACAAAUAAAAGCAUUGCCUAGUUACCACAAAGCAGCUGCCCACAUUUACGAGUAUAUGGGUAUGGCUUAUCAACUCAAGCAUGACUAUGAGCAAGCCUUGUUUAAUUUAAAUAAAGCUUUGGACAUUUAUCGUCAUGCAGUUCUACCUGGUCAUAUAGACAUUGUCCGAACUGAAAAUUCUAUCCAACAACUCAAAGCUAAAUUCAGAAAAAAUGAUCCAUCGUAUAUAUUUAAAAUGUCUCUUUAUUCGUAG